UGCGUAACCAGAUCUUUUUUAUGUAAUGUGUGCUUACAACAAGAUGUCAUUUUUAGAUUCUUCGUUUAUUUUAUUCGCUUAAAAUGAUUUCUUUGCAAAGAAUUUCAUGUAAAAUCGAUUGUGUUCAUCUUCCCAUUGCAAGAAUUUUAGCUUGCACGUGUCAGCCUAGCACACUUUGUAGGGGAGGACCUUCAUCGUGUGGUCCUUUUAUCUUGCGCAACGUUUCCAAUAUACCAUCCAGUACGUCAAUCAAACACGAUGAAAGUUUCGGGAGAAAGGCUUUAAAGAUGCUUGGUUGGCUUGGUGGGUUUUAUUCCAGAAAAGCAAUUUUAACGCGAAGUGCCAAAGUUAUGUAUGAAUGUUGUGUUGAAGACGUAGAGUUUGAAAAAUUUUAUGAUGCAGCCGGAAUGCCCGACACAUUUCAGUCGUGGUUUCUUAUCAAUCAACUGCAUGUUUGGAUGUGUUUGGUUCGGCUCAAGCCUGAAGGUAAAGAUGGACGAUAUAUGUACAGACGAAUGGUGCAGAUUUUUUGGGAAGAUGUAGAAGAAAGAAUGAAAGUUUUGGGGGUUGUUGAUCCCAGUGUGCGAAAAAAGAACUUGAAAGAACUAAUGCAGGAAUUUUACGGCCUAAUCUUAGCCUAUGAUGAAGGGCUUUUAUCUCAUGAUUGUGUUUUGGCAGCAUCAAUAUGGAGAAAUAUGUUUCAUAACAAGAAAGAUACUAAUGCUUCAAACCUUGCAAAGUUUGUUGAAUACGUAAGAAAACAAGUAUAUCAUUUGGAAAAUAUUGAAUCAGAAAGACUGCUUACCUCUGGUGAAAUUAAGUGGUUGUCAUUUGAUUAAAAUGACUGUAAAAAAUCUUCAUGUGUCUCUUAAUGCAUUAUGGGACUUGAAACAACAACAUUUACACUAACAUAUUGUAUAUUUGUAAUAAUAUAUGUAUUAAUUUGUUAUUGUAUGUAGUUAUUUCUGUAUUCUUUGUGGGAUUGAAAGCACAGAAAGAAACCUUUGAUGGGGCCAAUUAUCACAAAUUUAACAGUUUAAUUAUGGUCAGAAAUAGCCAUGUUAUUUAUUUAUAAGUAUCCCAGUUAUACGUAGAAAUCUUUUUGUUUUUAAA